UUAAUGAAAAAUGGGUCAAUAUGUGCGUGAUAAUCCGAGUCCUAGACUCACGGCAAAUCUCUUUAGCAAAUUAUUUUUUUGGUGGCUGAAACCUAUUUUUUAUCAUGGAAAGUCUCGCGAUCUCAAAAACGACGAUCUUCAUGAUACACUUCCGUUCGAUAUCAGUGAUCAGCUUGGUGGUCGCCUGGAAAAAAAUUGGAAAAAUGAAGUGGAAAAUGCGCGUCAAAACGACAGAAAACCAAAACUGGUUAAUGCCAUUAGGAAAAGCUUCGGCUGGUCAUAUUUUUAUUACGCUAGUCACAUGUUCGUCUUGAAUUGUUUAAGGGUAUUACAACCAUUAAUGUUGGGUCUGUUGGUCGAAUAUUUUGAGAUUGGUUCUCAGACAACGAGAGAUGAAGCGUAUGUGUUUGCCUGCAGUUUAGUGCUACUGAUUCUAUUACAUUGUAUAUUGAAACAUCACAUUGACUUGGGUGUUCUUGAGAUCGGUAUGCGUCUCAGAAUUGCUUGUUCCUCUCUUAUUUAUCGAAAGAUUGUGCGGCUAUCAAAUGCAUCGAUGGCUGAGACUCAGGGCGGUCAAAUAAUAAAUUUGUUAUCGAACGAUGUCGUUCGAUUUGAUCCAUUAUUUAUGUACUUACACUACAUUUGGAUCACACCCUUUCAAGGAGCCUUAAUCGCUUAUCUUAUUUGGCGUAACGUUCAACUCUCUUCUCUCACUGGUGUACUACUCAUGACCAUAGAGACUAUUCCAGUUCAAGUUUACAUUGGUAAGAUAACAUCAAGAUUACGAGGAAAAAUUGCAGCGAGGACCGAUGAAAGAGUUCAACUAAUGAGCGAAAUAAUUACUGGAAUUCAUGUUAUUAAAAUGUACACUUGGGAAAAACCUUUUGAACGUCUUAUAUCUCUCGCUAGAAGGAACGAGAUCAAUAUGAUUACUUACAUGUCCUAUCUAAGAGGCAUAAAUAUUGCCUCUAAUGCUUUCAUCGAUCGUACGUGUUUGUAUGUCACAUUGAUGACUUAUGUUCUUAUGGGCAACGUUAUAUCAGCUCAUAGAGUUUUCUCAAUGGUCCAAUACUUCACAAUUUUGCAAAAUCUUCUGGCUUACAAUUAUCCACGAGCCAUUUUUAAUGCUGCAGAAGCUAGAGUUUCUAUCAAACGCAUUGAGAAAUUUUUAAAAUUCGAAGAGAUUAAAAUAAAAGCACCUUUAUUAUCGAUCGAAGACAAUGCUGGCAUAACAUUAAAAAAUAUUACGGCUUCCUGGACAGACAAUUCAAUUGUGAAUACUCUUCAUGAAAUUACAAUGCAUAUAGCACCAAAAAAAUUGCAUGCUAUCAUUGGUUGCGUUGGCUCUGGAAAGAGCUCACUUUUACAAUUAAUACUGGGAGAGCUGCAACCAUCGUUUGGAGAACUAAAAAUUAAUGGUACGAUAUCUUAUGCCUCGCAGCGUUCUUGGCUGUUUCCUGGUACGAUACGCGACAAUAUACUCUUUGAUCAAUCAUAUAACGAGACGCGUUACCAAGAGGUCGUCCACGUUUGUCUGCUUGAGAGAGAUUUUGAACGGCUGGCUCAUAGCGAUUAUACGCAAGUUGGAGAAAGAGGUACGAACCUCAGCGGUGGACAAUGCGCGAGAAUUAAUUUGGCUAGAGCUGUUUACAGAGAUGCCGACAUUUAUAUACUCGAUGAUCCGUUUUCCUCGGUAGAUACUAAUGUUUGUAAAUAUCUAUUGAAUGACUGUAUUAACGGAUAUCUGAAAGAUAAAACUAGAAUAUUCGUGACACAUCGAAUUCAGCUUUUAAAGGAGACUGAUACAAUUUUUUUAUUAAACAAUGGAAAACUAGAGUUUCAAGGAAAAUUUGCAGAUUUAUCUAAAAAACAAUUAUAUUUUUUAAAUGUUCCUGUUGAAAAUGAAAUUAAUGUACCAAUAGAAAUGAAAGAAAUUAAGAAAAAAAAUUACCAUGACGGUAUCUUAUUAAAAUCAAUUGGAAAUUAUGAGCCAACAGAUAAAGAGCCUCAAGAGACAGAAGAACUCAUUGCAAAGGGAAAAAUGAAAACGUCUAUACUAUUAAGAUAUUUUCGAUCUGCAAACUCUAGUUUCCUUCUCGUGACAACAAUUUUAUUUUUUAUUUUAGCACAGGUCAUUAGAAGUUGUUCAGAUUAUUGGUUAGCAUAUUGGACAAGCAGAGAAGAAUUUCGCUUAAAUUCUAUAAAACAGGAAAAAUUAAAACUAACGUCUAACGUAACAAUAAAUUCUACCGAAAAUUCUUUGACAAAUUCAACUACUACAUCGACAAAUCUAAACAAAACUGUUUUAUUCAGUACGAUGUCAAGUUUAUUUUCAACUACAACACAAAAUACGUUAUCAAGAGUAAAGAGAAACGCAUUGUUAAAUUCUUCUGAUUUGUUAUCACAUAAAGUGCCAGAUAUAUUAUUAAAUGUAACUGAAACAUUGUUACCAAAUGCAAUGGCAAGUUCAUCGGUAAAUAAACAAACUUCGUUAUUGAGUGCAACUGAAGAUAUAUCAUCAGAUAAAACUGAAAGUAUAUUAUCAGAAAUAAGUAGACAUUAUAUAUCGAGUCCUACAGACAGUUUAUUAAUAAAUGGAUCACAUGAUUUAAUAUUAAAUUCAACACAAAGUUUAAUGGAUAUUUUUUCCUCUAAUACAACAGAAAAUACAAUUUCAAAUAUAAUAUUAGAUCAAUCGUCAAAUUCAUCAUUAUUUAGUACUGAAAACAUAGAAGCUCCAAGUUAUUCAGAUGUGAACAUUGCUUUAACAAUAUACGGUUGCAUACUUUUAGGAUGUGUUGUUACAGUAAUAAUUAAAUGCUUAUUAUUCUACAAAAGUUGCAUGAAUGCUAGUACUAAUAUUCAUAAUAAAAUGUUUUCUUGCAUUCUACGAACAUCUAUGCAAUUCUUCAAUAAGCAAACUUCUGGACAAAUUCUUAAUCGUUUCUCGAAAGAUACUGGUGCAAUGGACGAAAUUUUACCUAUCACGAUGUAUGAAUCAAUUGAAAUAUUUUCUAUCAUCAUGGGAAUUAUAGUACAAGUCACUAUUAUUAAUUGGUGGUUUCUUCUGUCAAUUAUUAUAACUGGUUUCUUAUAUUGGAAAAUUAGAAAUUUGUACGUAUUCACUGCAUGCAGCAUCAAACGAUUGGAGGGUGCAGCGAAAAGCCCAGUUUUAUCAUACGUUACUGCUUCCUUGGAUGGUCUGGUGACAAUUCGCUCAGGUCGUAGUCAGUCAAUUGUCUGUCGGCGCUUUGAUGCCCAUCAAGAUGCGCAUACACGAGCUCACUUCCUUGGAAUUGCCGUGGCCUCGGCCUUUGGACUUUGGCUCGAUAUCAUCUCAGUUUUUCUCGUUGGCUUUAUCACAUUUGGAUGUUUACUUACUGAUGAAUCGAAUACUUUCGCCGGUAACGUUGGACUGGCCAUUACUCAGACUUUGAUGCUGUGUGGGAUGCUGCAACGAGGUAUUAGACAAACAGCCGAAACGAUGACACAGAUGACGAGUGUUGAGCGAAUAUUACAAUUUACUCGAUUGGAAGAGGAGGGCAAUAAUGAGGUGUUGAGCGUUAAAGAUAAACUGCCAAGUGAUUGGCCAAAAGAAGGGAAAAUUGAAUUUAAACAAUUUUAUUUGCGCUAUGCUGAGGAUCUGGAGCCCGUCCUUAAAAAUGUAAAUCUUGUCAUUAAACCCGGCUCGAAGGUCGGAAUAGUUGGACGUACAGGAGCGGGCAAGUCAUCGUUGAUUUCUGCAUUAUUUCGGUUCGCUCAGUCCGAGGGUCACAUAUUUAUCGAUGGCAUUGAUAUUAAGAACGUCAGUCUAUACAAGUUGCGCAAACACAUUGCAAUAAUACCGCAGGAGCCGAUGUUAUUUUCGGCCACACUACGCGACAAUCUUGAUCCUUUCCACGAGUUUAAAGACACGAGUCUUUGGGCGGCCCUCGAGGAUAUCAAAUUACAUAAAGCUUUCGUGCCUCUCGAUCAUCCUAUUGGGAACGGUGGUAAAAAUCUAAGUGCCGGUCAACGGCAAUUGCUCUGCCUUGCUCGAGCAAUCGUCAAGAGGACUCGCAUACUCGUGCUUGACGAGGCCACAGCCAAUGUAGAUCCAGCAACGGAUUCACUAAUUCGCGAAACGAUUCAUAGCAAAUUCUCAGACUGCACUGUGUUGACGGUGGCACACAGGCUCGAGUCUGUUAUAGACAAUGAUAUGAUUAUGGUUGUCGAUAAUGGUGAAAUUGUGGAAUACGAUCACCCCCACGAGUUGUUGCGAAAGACGGACGGUCACUUGGUAAGGAUGGCGAGACAAGCAGGCAAUGAGAUGCUAGAGUAUUUGAAAAAAGUCUCUGAAGAGACAUACACAAGGCUGGAUAAUGAAGAACUAACGAUUGAUCUUCCCGAUGAAAAAUUAAACAUAAUUGAAAAUGUGAAAAAAUAAUUUCAUUGAAAUUUUAAUGAAUGAGACAGAAAAAUGAUAAAAUUCAGUAGCUUCUUACAAUAGAAAUUCUUCAAAUGUGAUCAUCGA